AUGGCGGCUCUCUCCACCUUCUACCACCCACUCUGCGCACACCACAACCACCGUACAGCAAGACACAGCGUCAGGUCUCUGACUGUGGUGUCUUGUCGGCAGCAGAAAUCACCGGAAGAGAGUGGAGGAGUGAUCCAGAGAACAGUGAUAAGGAUGAUUUCAGAGGCUGGGAAGAUUGGGAAGAAUCUGAAGCCAGAGAAGAAAGGAGACAUGAAGGAUCUGAUGCUUAUGAGUCUUUCUUUUGCAGUUUAUGUCUAUAUAUCUCAACUAAUGGUAUGUGCUUACUUCUCCUGGACCCAUGUCGCCCUCCCCAAUCCCUCAUGGUAGUUUAGCUUAGCUAAGAUAGAUACUUCCUUCUGCCCCUCAAGUCACAAUUAUGUUAUGUAUAUAUUCUGCACAUCAUUUAUAAGAUUACCAAGCUCCAUUCCUCUCAAA